AUGCGGGAGCAGAUUGCAGCUUGUAGGUUAUAUGGAAAAGGGCGAGGUCAGCUGACUCGGGAUGAGCGCGUCCAGCUUUGUGGCAUCGACUGCGAGGACCAGCUGAUCUGGCAUGACUGGACACCCGGCGUGGAGGCUGUCAUGGACUUGACGUUACGAAAUGUGGCGCUUGUCACCCAGAAGGUGAAGUUCGUAUUGCCUCCAACGCAAGAGUUCGACAUGCCUUAUCCCGAGCCAUUCAAGCUUGCUCCUGGUAUGAAGAAGAGCAUCCCUAUCAGCUUCAGGCCCUCUAGAUACGAGCCUCACGUCGAUAAGGUCCAGAUCAUCACAAAGGGGGCGAGCUUCUUCGUCACAGUGAAAGCCGUGGUGAAGGAUAUUGCGCUCACGCUGCCGCCAUUCAUUGAUUUUGGCAUGUGCCCAACGUUCGAGAAGUCCGAGUGCACCAUAGACGUGUACAACACCGGGGCGCUCAAAGCAUCCAUGAGGUGGCACGCGAAGGCACCAUUUUCUGUGAGGGCGCCAACCAAUACAAUCGACGUGGGUCAGGCUAUCAGGUGUUCCGUGGCGUUCGAUCCGCAGGAUGCGUCCGUCUACGAUGGGUACAUCGGGUGUGAGCUCUUGAGUAUGUCAGACAGUGCAUCGAAUAUUGCUGGCUCGACUGAUGGCAAUCCUGCCGACGUGAUGGAGUCGAAAAAGCAGUACUUCUUGCAGUGCACUGGAGUGGGCAAGAUACCGCACCUCUGCGCACUUGGCUCGAAGGAUCCAGUAGUCCAGUUCGGAGAGGUUUUCCCGGGAAAUCGUGCGCCGCAGACUUUGGAGAUCACCAACACGACGCAAGUGCGCGCAACGUUCCGCGUGACCGCCGUCAACGACGACGGGGCCCCAGCACCCUUGGCUCCGCAGGCUUUUUCGGUGAGUCCAGAAAGCGGCGUGGUCGAGCCUGGGCGCAACUUCGCCCUGACAUUCUACUUCCAUUCGCACACUGUCAAGGAGCACACGUGCCAGAGGUUCCAGAUCACCUCGCCCGGAGGCACUCCGCUGGUGGUGACUUGCACGGCGUUCUGUCGACCGAUGGAGGUACGUUUGUCAACGAGGUCUCACAACUUUGGCGAGGUGCUGUGCGGAAAGACUUAUACACGCACCAUCCAGAUACACAAUGACAGCGACCGCCCUGCCGCGUACCACUUCAUCAAUGUUGAUUUCAUGAGGGGGGUCUUCUGGCUCGACCGCCACAUGGGGGUCGUGCCGCCGGCCUCCUUCAUGGUGGUGACGGUGUACUUCGGUCCGCUCACGCCCAUCAACUUCUACAAGGCGCUCACCUGCAUCGUCAAGGGCGCCCUGGCCCCCCUCACGCUGCACCUCCUCGGCUCCGCCUACACCGACAAAAGCCGCCCCGCCAAGCUCGAGCAGCAUCACAUCGACAUGUUCAAGAGCAUGCAGUUGAAGGGCAUCCGCGAGUACCCGCCCCCCGAGGAGCGCAAGAAGCCAGAGGACGGAGACAUGGAUGAAGACCUUCCGGACUUCAUGGAACGCACCAGGAACAACAAUGUGCAGAAUGUGGAAGUGUCGGCCACCGCCGGCUUCUUGGAGGCGAUGCUCCCCAUGGACUCCACGCUGCGAGACGUGGUGGUCAGCCCUGGGGACAUCGACUUCGGUUCGUGCACGGCAUCGAUGAAUUCCGAGAAGCGCGUUGUCACGAUCACAAAUCGCACUUCUCAGAAGGUCAGCGUGGCAUGGAUGCUGCCUGGUGAGACGCGCAUGCCGUGCACGCCGGACGAGAAGUCGCGCUUCUCCGUGUACCCAGCGACCCGCACAGCGGAGUCUGAGUGUAGGGAAUGCCGAGCACCGUUGUGUCAGCUUCGAUUCCCACAGAUCGUGUUUCCUGGCGCCACAGAUUAUGCCGUCUUCUUGCUCAUCCUCGUCCGAUUGCCCGUCCCGACUAUUCUCUUCGUCCCACUCAUGGCAGUCAGCUAA